GGAAAGCGCACGUGUUUUAUCGCGAAGUGUCGGGUUUUCGUAACUUGCGAAGGUUUUGAGUGUGUGCUGUGAAGUGUUUGUGUUUAUAUUCGAAAUCCCGAGGAACCUAUUACCGUAACCAGAAAUUCCUUGAAAGAAAAUAUGAAGUCACGACUCGAUGUACAUUAAAAAGAUACCUUAUGCUACGAAGGAAGAAUAUUCACCAGGAAUGCAUCGACACAAAGAAAUGACCAACAUAACAAAAUGGCUGACAAAUGUUGGGAAAAAUGGCUGAGGAUAUCCGUUAUAUCGCUCACCAUCUCCAUGACAGUUACUGACUUUACGACAGAAUGCCAGCGCCCUUGUGACUGUCGGUGGCAGUCCGGCAAUAAGGCUGCAAUCUGCUCAAACUCAAGCCUCAAAGUCAUACCCGCCAACCUAAGUAGCGAUAUCCAAAUAUUAGAUCUCUCCAAUAAUAAUCUUCUCCAGUUACACCAAGAAGCAUUCAAACGAGUAGGCCUAAGCAAUCUCAAAAAACUCUUCUUAAGAGACUGUAGCUUAGAAUCUGUAAAUAAAUCAGCAUUCGCUACAUUAGCUAUAAUGAUAGAGUUAGAUAUAUCUAAAAAUAAAAUACGAUUCCUUCAUCCAGACACGUUCCGGAGCACCGAGAAACUAAGAUUGAUAAACUUAAACAAUAAUUUAAUCGACAAAUUGGAGGACGGACUGUUUCGAAACUUAAAAUACUUACAGAAAGUCGAAGUGAGCAAUAAUAGAAUCGUCCGAAUCGGUACAAAGGCCUUCGUAAACUUACCGCAGUUAAAGAUUCUUAGAAUCGACGGUAACAAUCUGAGUCACAUGAAACCCGAAACUUUAAUGGCAUUAAGAAACUUGUCCGGCCUAGACUUACAUAACAAUCCCUGGCGAUGUGAUUGUAAUUUACAAACGUUCCGGGAUUGGGUGAUAAGUCACAAUUUAUAUACUCCCCCGACUUCAUGUGCGGAACCUGCUGCAGUCCGCUCCAAACUUUGGAACGAAUUAGAUUCGUCAAACUUUGCCUGUCGGCCUACUAUAUUAGAGCCCUUGCCAGAUUCUACGUUCAAAAGUUAUGACGAAAACGUGACUCUGAUUUGUAAAGUUGUCGGUAACCCUACUCCAGAAGUCAUAUGGAAAUUUAACGGGAGAACUAUUGAGCUGAGGUCGUUUGGAGAAAUCCGGUAUGUUGUUGCUGACAACACACUAGAUCUAAUAAGAUGGGUGAAUCUAACAAUACUCCACGCCAGGUAUACUGACAGAGGAAAUUACACGUGUGUGGCAGAAAACCCAGGCGGUGCAGAUGAAAAGACAUUGACUUUAGUGUUAUCUAAGUAUAGUGGAGCAGGAACCAUAGCUGGCAUGGAGGCGGACUCUUUUGCUAUAAUGGUUGGGAGUCUCACUGCGAUAGUAAUAAUUUUUGGGGCAGUUAUAACUCUUUGCCACUGUACAACAAAUAGCAGUGAAAUAAAAAGACUGAUUAAAACAGAUACACGUUCAUCGAAUGGCGAUGCACUUAUAGAAGGGUCUGUUGCGUCUGAGCCUGAGAAACUAGUUAAAAGUGAAAUAGUUUGUAAAGCUAAUAAGAAGUAUGAUACGACGCUAACCGCCCAAGCAACAGAAAUGUCGGAAUUGAACAAGACCCUACUAGAUAGCGAAACUGUUUUAGGUAACAUAUCAAAAACUUCAUAUUAUUAGAGGCCGUAGAAAGACAAUUAAUUCAUAGUUGUAUU